AUGGUCCCAGGCAGACUCGGAACCGAGACUGCACGCAGGCGACAGUUCUCCAGCUGCGACUACUGUCGUAAAUCGCGUAUUGCAUGCGAUGCAUCUCAAUUACAAAGGAACCAAGAAAUAUCUUCCGGUAGUCCCGACGCGGGUUCGUCGUCAUCGCGCGUUCAGUGCACAAACUGUUCGAAGCGCUCUCUGACGUGCACCUACGAGUGGAUUCGGGACCGUGGAACAAGGGAUGUAGCUGCUGUAGGAGAUGCCAAUAGGCCAAGAACUCGUCAGCUCUCUCGUCGUUCGGCAACUGGUCGUUCCAGAAGAGCGCCCACUAGGACACAUGUAACCAAUAGCCCAGAGCCUUCUGAAGAGACACAACAUGACGAAGCAGAGCCAGCUGCAACUGCAGAGACUAAUGACCAUACCCAGAUCAUACCCAGUUCUGAAUUAUCCCAGCAAACUGAGGCCAGGGUACUACAUGACCACCUAUGGACAGUUUUCAGUCUGAUAUUCGAGCCUGUUCUUACUCUCUGGACCGGCCCGGACUGCAGUCCCUAUGUGGUACCUGAUCAUAUGUCUAAUCUCACAAUGCUGCAGCUAGCUGUUUCCCUUGAUUGGGCCAAUUGCACCUGUAGAACUGACAACCAUGUCGCACGCCGUCAUGGCUGGCACUGCCCGAGAGGCGAUCGCGCCGUCCAACUAGCAUUAAUUUCCGCAGUACAUUCGUUCUCUUUCCGCUGGCUACCGUUAGUCACGGAUACUGCAGGGGAUGGCCAGCAGCUUCUGCGACUUGGCGAGCACCUCUGGACCAAUGCCAAGUCCAGAAUCAUGUCCGUUUUUGACAAGCUCAGCUAUCAAACAGCUUUGGCUUUGUAUCUGUUCGGACUAACUCCAAUUCCUAAAGGUGCUUCCGUGGAUGUCGAGAAUGCUCACAGCGCUGGCGAGGUCAGCAUCGAUAUGGCACUUCGCCAAAUUCACAGGCUAAGAGUAAAACGACGCGAUAUCAGAUUUUCCGGUACUGGCCUUUCAAUUGGUAGAAGCGAUGGAGAAACCCCCAUUAACCACAACCCUGUGAAUGAAGAUUUUAUCCAUGCCGAGAAUAUGAUGUACUGGGCUGGGGUAGUAUUCGAUACCUCUUCAGCUAUGACUAGAGGGUGCCCUUCCAUCCUGUGUAGUGGCGUGUUUGGCUUUGAAGAAGAGCCAGUCUUUCGCCUUAUGAAAGCCCGAGUUCAACUCUUCCAUGAGAGUACAGAGUCAUGGAGACAGAAUGGGUUUGUCCCGACAAGUCAUGCUACGCUAUAUGUUGUUCACCGGGCGUCCACCUGGAAAGGAUACGUCUGGAAAAUAAUCGGAGCUCUGCGAGAAGCUAUCAAUCACGGCUAUGGAGAGGCUGUCAUAACAAGGCUGAAAACGCUUAUUGCUGAGGCUCUGGAUCGCUUCGAUAGAACCUUCAAACCCCUUCUUGCAGCCUGUGAGAAGCACAUUCUCUUUUCCAGCAAGGAUGCUCGAUUGUGUUAUUACCUUCUUCAAUUGCACUACUAUAUGGGCCUAUUACUUCUAUGUAGCCUAGCUGUAACUACGGAACGGACAGAUAUCGUUCCAAUGUUUGAUACCGUUCGUCGCGAAUCUGUUCACACCAUUUUCAGUGCGAUUAGCUUUGGCCUCAGCUGUCAGGUGGCUCUUAGCCAAGAUGAAAGCCAACGCAGCCGGAAACGCUUCUCAUUGAUCAACUUGGAUCCUUAUCCACACCAUAUUCUCGCAUCACUGCAGCUAGCUACUUAUGUUUUGCUCGAUUACCUGAAGCGAGAUGAGAUAACACAAGACGCGUUUGAUAACUUUUGUCGAAUCGUCUUUGAUGCGCUCGAUGAAAUUCCCCAGUGCAUACAGUCAGUACAGAGAGUAAAGAAGCUCUUGUAUGAGACACUGAGUGCCGGCGGUCAUCAUCUUGAUACAGGCUCGGACGCACUACGUGAGCCGGCUACGAGUAUUUUGAGCACCUCGGGAGGAGGACAACAUCAGCAAGUAACCCGCAGUGAUCGUCAAACGAAUAACGAAACUAUGACUUCUGAGGAGCCAAGUGAUGUUAUCAUGGCUUCAAAUCAAUUGGCUUCUACUUUGACCAAUAUCGACGAAGCAGGACUUAGUUGUUUAGCAGAGACACUCUUCGCUAGACCUGCAGUAGUACUUAGUACGGGAUCAUAG